GCCUUGGCCAUACACCAUCUUCCAGCGUGGCUUUGACUUGGUGCUGGGUGAGCAGCCAUCUGACAAGAUUUUUCGGUUCACCUACACGCUGGGGGAAGGCAUGUGGCUUCCGCUGAGCAAGAGCUUUGUCAUCCCACCAGCCGAGCUGGCCAUCAACCCCUCGGCCAAGUGCAAGACCGACAUGACAGUGAUGGAGGACGCGGUGGAGGUCAGGGAAGAGCUGAUGACCUCCUCCUCCUUCGACAGCCUGGAGGUCCUCCUUGACUCCUUCGGCCCCGUCCGUGACUGCUCCCGGGACAAUGGUGGCUGCAGCAAGAACUUCCGCUGCAUUUCAGACCGCAAGCUGGACUCCACGGGCUGUGUGUGCCCGACAGGACUGAGCCCCAUGAAGGACGGCACGGGCUGCUACGACCGUCAUGUUGGUGUGGACUGCUCAGAUGGCUUCAACGGGGGCUGUGAGCAGCUGUGCCUGCAGCAGAUGGUCCCCCUGCCUGAGGAGCCCCUGCUCUACAACAUCCUCAUGUUCUGUGGGUGCAUCGAGGACUACAAGCUGGGCACGGAUGGGCGGUCGUGCCAGCUCAUCUCGGAGUCAUGCCCCGAGGUGGGGGACUGUGGCGAGCCCCGCGAGCUGCCCAUGAACCAGACGCUCUUUGGGGAGCUCUUCUAUGGCUACAACAACCACUCCAAGGAGGUGGCAGCAGGGCAAGUGCUCAAAGGGACUUUCAGACAGAACAACUUUGCCCGGGGCCUGGAGCAGCAGCUGCCAGACGGGCUGGUGGUGGCCACAGUACCCUUGGAGAACCAGUGCCAAGAGGAGCUCUCCGACCCCAUGCCCGACCCCGAGUUCCUCACUGGAAUGGUGAACUUCAGCGAGGUGUCUGGGUACCCCCUCUUGCAGCACUGGAAGGUGCAGUCCGUGAUGUACCACGUCCGUCUCAACCAGCUGACCAUCUCCCAGUCCUUCAGCAAUGCACUUCACUCUCUGGAUGGGGCCACCUCCCGUGGAGAUUUUGUGGCACUGCUGGACCAGUUUGGCAACCACUACAUACAGGAGGCAGUGUAUGGCUUCGAGGAGUCCUGCUCCAUCUGGUAUCCCAACAGGCAGGUCCAGCGACAGCUCUGGCUGGAGUACGAGGACAUUAGCAAAGGCAACUCCCCCUCGGAUGAGUCAGAGGAGCGGGAGCGGGACCCCAAGGUGCUGACCUUCCCCGAGUACAUCGCCAGCCUCUCCGAGUCGGGCAGCAAGCGCGUGGCCGCGGGCGUGCGGAUGGAAUGCCAGAGCCGGGGGCGCUGCCCUUCCUCCUGCCCGCUCUGCCACGCCGCCUCCAGCCCCGACCUGCCGCCCGAGCCCAUCCUGCUGGAGGUCACCAAAGCGGCCCCCAUCUACGAGCUCGUCACCAACAACCAGACCCAGCGGCUCUUGCAGGAGGCCACCAUGAGCUCGCUGUGGUGCUCGGGCAGCGGGGACGUCAUCGAGGACUGGUGCCGCUGUGACUCGAGCGCCUUUGGGGCUGAUGGGCUGCCCACCUGCGCCCCUCUCCCGCACCCCGUCCUGCGGCUCUCCACCAUUCAUGAGCCCAGCAGCACACUGGUAGUGCUGGAGUGGGGCCACUCAGAGCCCCCCAUCGGGGUGCAGAUCGUCGACUACCUCCUCCGUCAAGAGAAGGUCACUGACAGAACGGACCACUCCAAGGUGGAGACAGAGACGGUGCUGAGCUUUGUGGAUGACAUCAUCUCCGGCGCCAAGUCACCCUGCGCCAUGCCAGCCCAAGUGCCUGACAGACUCUCCUCCACCAUCUCCCUCAUCAUUCGCUGCCUGGAGCCUGACACCACUUACAUGUUCACGCUCUGGGGAGUCGAUAACACAGGAAGACGCUCCAGGUCCAGUGACGUGACGGUCAAGACCCCUUGUCCUGUGGUGGAUGAUGUGAAAGCUCAAGAAAUAGCAGACAAGAUCUACAACCUCUUCAACGGCUACACCAGUGGCAAGGAGCAGCAAACAGCCUACAACACUCUGCUGGACCUGGGUUCCCCCAGCCUGCACCGAGUCCUUUACCACUACAACCAGCACUAUGAGAGCUUUGGGGAGUUCACGUGGCGCUGUGAAGAUGAGCUGGGGCCCAGGAAGGCCGGCCUCAUCCUCUCGCAGCUGGGGGACCUCAGCAGCUGGUGCAACGGCCUCCUGCAGGAGCCCAAGAUCAGCCUCCAGCGCUCGUCCCUCAAGUACCUCGCCUGCCGCUACAGCGAGAUCAAGCCCUAUGGGCUCGACUGGUCGGAGCUCAGCCGGGACCUCAAGAAGACGUGCGAGGAGCAGACACUGAGUGUCCUUUACAAUGACUACGGUGACAAGGACUACUGA